GCAUCGUUAGAGUCACGUGCUCAAUCAUACGAUCUCCACACCUCCACAACUCCCACAAAACAAACGUCAUAUCAGUAAAGGUGAAAGAGAAUCAGCGGCGAUGGCUUCCAAACUAUUUCUAGUUUUUGUUCUUCUCAUUUCUUUCGCGUUAUAUUCGUUUUCAAAACCGGCUCAUGAAGAAAAUGGUUUCACAUCUUGGGUGAUGCGUUUAGAAAGCGAGGUACGGAACGGAAUAUUGUCAACUGGCCUUUGUUCAGCUUGUAAACUAUUGACGUUUGUAGCUCAAAUUGCGCUCUUGACAAACAAAAUCGAGGCGGACGUGGUUUACGAAGCCCAGUUAGUCUGUAAAAAACUGAAGAUUGAGGAUUCCCGAGUUUGUACAGCUGUUAUCUUAGAGUUUCGAAACGAAAUAUUGACAGUCGCCGACAAAGUGUUCCUCGACCCGAUUGAAGUUUGUGGAAGUCUGUUAGGUCCCUCAUGUGCUCAUGCCAGAGAUCCUGGGAAAUUUUGGAAUUUAACCGUGCCUGGAAAUAAGCCACCAGUUAAACCUGUUCCACCUCCAAAGCCUGGCUCACCAAUUUCCCGUGUGCUACACUUUUCUGACGUUCAUCUUGAUUAUUUGUAUCAAGAAGGAGGUAACCCUGAUUGUGGCGAGCCUCUGUGUUGUCGCAAAAAUGAUAAGCCUCCAGCACCUGGAAAGCCCAAAGCAGGAAAAUACGGAGACUAUCUCUGUGAUAUUCCGCUAAUAACUUUCGAAAGUAUGUUGCAGCACAUCAGCAGUACACAUCAGAACAUUGAUUAUGCGAUAUGGACAGGAGACAUUCCCCCGCACAACAUUUGGAAUCAGUCACGUGUGGAUCAGGAAGAGGCAAUAAACCAUGCCAGUCAACUCUUAGAGAAAUAUAUGCCAGGUGUGAAAAUAUUCCCUGCUGUGGGCAACCAUGAGGGUGCACCAGUAAAUAGCUUUCCUCCACCAUUCAUUACUGGUGACAACUCAAACCAGUGGCUAAGAAAUACUUUAGCUAAUGACUGGAUUCACUGGCUUCCAAAUGAUACAAUUCCUACAAUUCACAAAGGAAUCUUCUACACAGUCUAUUUGUCCAAAGGAUUUAGGAUAAUUUCAAUCAACAUGAACUACUGUAACAAUAUGAACUGGUGGCUUUUAGUUGAUAAUUAUGACCCUGCUCAUCAACUACAGUGGUUGAUAGACACUCUACAAGAGGCUGAAGACAAUGGCGAAAAGGUUCACAUUAUCGGCCAUAUUCCUCCUGGAAGUGGUGAUUGUCUCAAGCCAUGGAGCUGGAAUUACUACAAGAUUAUAAAUCGUUAUGAGAGUACAGUUACAGCACAGUUCUUUGCUCAUACUCACUUAGAUGAGUUUGAAAUAUUUUAUGAUGAAAAGACCAGGAGAAGACCUACAAACAUUGCCUUCAUUGGACCAAGUGUUACAACUUACGAAGGCCUUAACCCUGGAUACAGGAUUUAUGAAGUGGAUGGUGAUUAUGCAAACAGUUCCAGGGCUAUCCUCAACCAUGAAACUUACAUUUUGGACUUGGUGGAAGCAAACAAAGGGAAUGUCGAGUGGAAAUUGGAGUAUUCUGCCAAGGAGGCUUAUGGAAUGAAAUCUCUUUUGCCUGAAGAUUGGGAUAAAUUCGUACAUCGCAUGGCAAGCAAUACAACCUUGUUCAAUACCUUCUACAAAUUUUAUUCAAAAUCUGCACCAUCUGAGUCAUGUGAUGAUAGUUGUCGUAAGUACACACUCUGCCGGCUGAUGACUGGGCGUUCCCAUGACGACAGUGCUUGCACCCUUAAAACAGCCCUAACUCAAGAGGAGAAGAAUUUCUUUGAUCAAUCUCUGAAAUUUUGCUAAAGUUAGAAUCUCCAUACAAUUUUCUUGCAAUUACAAAUAAUAUAAUACUUUGAAAUUAUUAUUUAAAGUAUGAAAAAAAAUGUUGAUGACAUGAUACCAUUUAGCUAAAUUAAUUGUUAGUAUUUAUGCCCCAAUUUUUCUUUGCUUGACCAUGCAAAACUGUAAUAAUUUGAGUAUAUCAACUUACAUUAAUUUGAGUAUAUCAACUUACAUGCUGGCGCCUGAGUUGGUGGCGGUGGGGGUGGAGUAGUAUGAGGAACAGACGGGCGUCCUGAAUAAAAAAACUAUCAUUGGUUAGCAUUGCUAAAUAUAAAUGCAUUGAGCUUCAUCAGUAAAUCGUUUACAUCUCUAUUUUGUCAGUAAUAACUACAUACAAUUCGCACAAGAUUCAAGUUCAAUCAAAAUUUGGGCUGAGAAAGUGAUGGCUGCUCUGAUCUCCAAGUGUUACUCCAGGAGUACCAUGAUAUCUUGGUUUUUAUUUAUAAUAAUUUGAAUAUAUCAACAAAGUUGAAAUGGUAAAUUGGCCACUGUUAC